AUGUCAUCUCCAUCGACAGUACAGGAAGUUGCAGACAGCCAGGAGCUCACCAGCGACGGCAAGCGCUGUCUUUCGCAACUGGAUCGUCCAGCAAAAUUUGGACGUGCCGCAGCCGAGACGGACGACGUCCCUGCUACAAUUGAAGUUGCACUCCUCAGGUUGAAGACAAACAGACUUAUCGAAUACAACCAACCUGUCUAUAUUGCGCCGAUGGCCAAGCCCGACCUACAAGCACCAGACAACACGCUGUUCUCUCUCAUGGACAAGGUCGAAGGCUUUCUGGCGGACGAUAGCCAAGUAAUGCUGGUGCUGGGUGAUUCAGGGGCCGGAAAAUCGACAUUCAAUCGACACCUAGAGCACGCACUCUGGCAAGACUAUGAGCCUGGAGGACGUAUCCCACUCUUCAUCAAUUUGCCAGCCCUCGACCGACCGGACAGGGAGAUGGUUGUAGAGCAUUUGAAGUCGGCGAACUUUUCAGAGGAACAAAUCUGGGACCUCAAACAGCACCGCCAGCUCCUGUUGAUCUGCGAUGGCUAUGAUGAGAGCCAGCUCACCUCCAACUUGCACACCACCAACCUCUUCAAUCGACCUGGUCAGUGGAACGCCAAGCUGCUCAUCACCUGCCGCACUCAGUACCUCAGUCCCGACUAUCGUGAUCGCUUUGCGCCUGAGGCGACCGGUCAGUAUCACCGCACUGCCUACAAUCUCUUUCAAGAAGCCGUCAUCGCCCCCUUCUCCAAGAAACAGAUCGAGUUGUAUGUUGAACAGUUUGUCUUACUCAAACCUCGGACUUGGGUCAAGAAGGGCUACAUGGACACGUUGACAACUAUUCCCAACUUGAUGGACCUAGUGAGGAAUCCCUUUCUAUUGACUCUUGCUCUGGAAUCACUCCCAUCCGUCGUCAAGAACAAUACCACUCUCUCGAAUCUCCGCGUCACCCGUGUUGAGCUCUACGACAGAUUUGUCGAUCAUUGGUUGGAGGUCAACAAGCGCCGCCUGCAAAAACAGACGCUCAGGGACGAUAAACAUGUGGCCCUGGAAGAUCUUCUUGCGGACAAGUUUGUCCAUAAUGGAAUUAUCUUUCAGAAGGAAUUGGCGGAGGCAAUCUUUCAGGAACAGGAGGGCCGACCUAUCGUCGAAUAUUCCAACAGGCGGGACAAGUCGUCGUGGAAAGCGCGCUUUUUUGAUUCUGAACCUGAGAGAUCCCUGCUCAGAGACGCCAGUUUGCUGAGUCGCACCGGCAACCAGUAUCGCUUCAUCCAUCGAUCUGUCUUGGAGUAUUUCUUCUCUUGUUACGUCUGGGACGCCUCCAGGGAAGAUGAUGAGUUUGUUCCGCAUGUUUAUUCAGAAGCUACUGGUGUAUCUCUUCCUGUUACCGAUCAUCCACUGUCUAAGAGGAGUCUUGUCCCGGAGCAGUCGGUCAUCCAGUUUCUCGCCGAGCGUGUCCAGAUGCGGCCCAUCUUUAAGCAAUACCUUCUCGCACUCGUUGAGCUUUCCAAGUUGGACCCUCAGGCCACCAUAGCCGCAGCCAACGCCAUCACAAUCCUGGUGAGAGCUGGGAGACAUUUUAAUGGAGCUGACCUUCGAGGCAUUCGCAUCCCAGGAGCCAAUCUCACAGGUGGGCAAUUCGACUCGACCCAGUUGCAGGAUUCCGACCUGGCGGGGGUUAUAUUCACCAAGGCUUGGAUCCGACAGGCGGACUUCACUGGAGCACGGAUGGACGAGACACGAUUUGGGGAGCUGCCGAAUUUGCAGGAAGCUAGUGAGGUACUGUCAUGUGCAUUUUCCCCAGAUGGAAAGUCUUUUGCGACGGGUCUGGAUAACAGCAACAUUAGUAUCUACGACACGACUACUUGGACAAGGAUUCGCGUAUUUCAAGGUCAUAAAAUGGGCACUGGGAGCCUCGCCUACUCAACCACCGGCCUUCAACUUCUCUCCGGCGGUUACUGCGGUACGGUGCGACUGUGGGACGGUGAGACAGACGUGACUGAUCGUAUUCUGAAGGGACAUUCCCAGAAAGUGAGAGCUGUUGCGUUUUCACCCUCAGGCAUGCAGUUCGCCUCAGCCGGCGCGGACAAGUCAGUGCGCCUAUGGGACACCCAAACAGGAACCGUCACCUUUGUCAUAAUACAUUUAGGCGAUGUCACAGGGAUCGCGUAUUCACCAGACGGGAACAACAUAACAUCCUGCUGCCUGGAUGGACAAGUCCAAGUAUUCGACACACGGACGGGCUUACUGGUGCUGAGUUCUGGAACGAGCGAUGUGGGUUACUACUGCCUUGCGUAUUCCCCUAACGGACAGUUGAUCGUCUCGGGCGACAUCUUCGGCUACCUACAACUCUGGGAGGCGACCACCAUGAUGCCGAGGAACAAUUGGAGAGGUCAUUCUAGAUCGGUGAGAAACGUCGAGUUUUCGCCGAACGGCCAAUGGAUUGUGUCUGGCGGUGACGACAACACGGUCAAGGUGUGGGAUGGAUAUGCAGCCACACUUGUCUCUGUAUUCACAGGUCACACCAGCUCCAUCACCAGUGUUGCAUUUUCCCCGGACUGCUCACUCAUUGCUUCAGGAAGCAAGGAUCGAACUGUACGGCUCUGGGAAAUGAACUCGGCUGGGUUUGGUUUCGACGUAGAUGGCGCCUUCGACUCCAAGCGAAGCGUAGCCUAUUCUCCUGAUGGACGGCUUCUCAUCUCUGGCAGUCGCGCUGGAGUGAUACAGCAACACGACGCGGAGAGUGGCGAGAUUGGUCUUGUUAUUCGCCGUCAUGAGUUCGAAGCCAACUCUGUCGCUUAUUCAUCGGACAGUCGUCAGAUUUCCUUGGGUGACUCAGGAGGCCAUGUCACGUUGUGGAGCGCUCACACCGGCGCCCAUGAGAAUAUUCUCCUCGGCCAUACUAUGGAUGUGAGUGCAGUUGUGUUCUCACCAUGCGGCCAAUGGAUUGCUUCUAGUGAUGACCGGACGGUGCGACUUUGGGAUGCUCGAUCAGGCACGUCUAUUCAGGUCUUCUCCAGUGACCGCGUCUCUCCCGUUCGAUCUUUGUCGUUUUCGUCCAGCGGUGCUGAGAUUGCAUUUGGAGGCGACUUUGGAAGGGUGCAAGUCUGGGAUGUGACGACCGGGAAGUUCAAGAUGGACAAGAUGGACACGAUAGGAGAUACCUUUCGGCGCUGCUUUGUGAGGUAUUUACCGAGGAGUCUUCAGGUUGUUUCCUGUUACGGUAGUGAAGGUGCUCAUUUGUGGGAUGAAGAGGGCCGACAUUCCCGAAUCAUUUUGCAGCACGGUCGUAUUACCAUCCAACACUUUGCAUUCUCGAGUUGCGGUCAAUGGAUAGCAAGUGUUGAAGGUGACACGGUUCACCUAUGGAGGAGCCCUCUGGAUGAGAGACCACAGGACUGGGAGUAUGUGCUGGCCGUCGAAGGUUUCACAGGGGUGAUUGGGGAGAUUGUCUGGAGGCCUAACAAGUUGGAAUUUGCCACCGCCGAUGUGGGUGGAUCCACUCGUGUGUGGAGGAUUGUGGAGAGGUUCGACAAAGUGGUGGUCCAGCUGGUGUGGGGUACUGGAGGAAGUGGUCUUGUUGCCUCGGGAUCGCUCCUUAAUGAUGCCAUUGGUCUUAACACAUUCAACCGGAACCUGCUGGAGCAGCCCGUUGUCGACGACAGAUACCUCUCUUCAUCGGACGACGAAGGUUUAAGAAGGUUCCAGAUCGGAGACUAUCUCGAAAAGCUCCAACGUUUCUAG